AUGAACCGAUUCGACGAGAUGUUCGAUUUUGAAGCCUGCGACAACAACGACCAGGAUGUUAGCCUGGUCGCCGUCAACCACCUCUUCAGCAAUGGACCAGAUCUGUUCGGUCACGAGCUGUCUGAUGAGCUGACCGAAUCCAUGGCUAGCCCGCGUCCUGCCGGAUUUACCGAGCCCUUUGCUGAUGAAACAUCUCAUGAGCACACGUCCCUCCUAUCUUCUGGUGGCGAAUACUUCGACCAGUCGUUCGAUCUAUUCCAGAAAAUCGACUUCGGCAACGAUAAUACAGUUUUCGCAUCACUAUCUGCACCACAAUCUAUGGCUCAGCAGUCUGACGAUGUUCGUCUUGGCCUCAUCUUCGAUCCAACGCAUCCCGCAGUCCCGCUCAUGCCAACGCCUACUGUCGCGCCCGCUGCCCUGUCUGUCAAGACCCUCCCGUAUCCACAGAUUGUACCAGCCUCUGUCACAGCCCCGAACGGCGUCCCAUUGUGGCCUCUAAUUGGCAUGGACAAUCUGCCUCAAGCGUCGGACACUCAUCAGCAACAGUCAUGGCAGGUGUCCGCGAACCAGCAGACGCAGCUCUUCCAGCCUCAGCCAAAUGCCGCACAGGUUCAAUACAUGCAAGCUAUUCAGCAGUGGCAGAUUGUCGAGAACCAGCCCGCUCUGAGCUUGCAAUCAUCGUUCCAAUCACCUGCAAACGGCCGGUCACCACAGAAUGUGCAGUCAACCCAGAACUCUCAGCAGGCACGGGACUCUCCGCAACAGGAGAAUAUUCUUUCUGAUGAACAGCUCGCACUUCUACAAAACGGUGAGCAUACGGAGUGUGCGCAUCUGGCAAUUCAGGAGCCCCCACGUCAUGCUCCCAACGCCGCCGUUUUACCGACAUCAACAACUCCCUGCCCAACUGUCCCACCAACUGCUGUUUCUCAUGGAGAUGAUCAAGAGGAGUGGUCAGAAGACAUCCCACGUCCUCAUAAAGCCUGCACUAAGAGCACCUCCCGGAAUGUCCGCAUAGCGACCCCCGUGCAAUAUAGGCAUGAUGAAUCGUUGCCUCAAACUCUACAUGUUGGUUUGACAUUCGCCAACCUCCGUCAAGCUGAAACAUCAAUGACUACACGCUACCUGGAAUCCGAUUGGCAAGCCCCCUCACCGGACAACACUGUCCCAAACACGCAUCAAGACCGCGCUAAAUAUGUCGUCAUGAUGUUCAAUGCCUUUCAAGAUACUUCAGAAUGCAAGGACAACCAGGAAGGAUUCUCUUUCCUCAAGCGCUGGCUGCGCCCUGGCUAUUACAACGUGCAAGAGAUGGAGAAGGUGUGCUGGCACAUGCUCGACAUCGCAGAGCGCUUGCACGCGCACGGUCCUUACGCGACAAAUAUCUAUUGCCAGGACGCACUCAAAAAGCUAAAGGCUUCUCGUGGCCUAACUUUCGAGCAGCGUAUCGUCGCUAUCUGCGAUAUGCUUAAGCUCUCCAAGUUCCUAUGCGACAACUUGAUGAAGGGUGAGGGCAUUGAAGCACUGGUUGGUGCGCCCAAACAGAAGAUGUCAGGUGCGAAGACGAUGAUGGUGCAGAACCAGAAGCGUCAGAAGUGGAUCGCGUUUGGUCGCAACGAGGCUCCGCUUCAUCUCGCACCUGGAGAGGAUGGCAUUCUGGAGCCCGAUGAGCAGAACGUCAUUGUCAACAUGGCAAAUGUCUCCGAACCAACUCAGUGCAAGACCAAGCCAAAGUCUAAGCGCUCUGCACCAGCUACGACGCCUCGUGCGAAGACGAAUGCUCGCUCACGAACAGCUACACGCGAAGACUCUGACGAUGAGGAUGAACAUCCUGUACUCUUACGUCGCCAAUCAAUUUUCGACAACAAUGUUGUAGAUGAGUCUGAUCUCGAAAUGGCGGACGAGCUUCAGCGCUUCAUCUCUUCUAAGCCAUCUCCAGCGCCACGCACGCCUUCUGCGUCUCCAGGCAAGACUUCUGAAAAUGCUUUCUCGGCUUUUUCCGUGGCUUCUCCUGUCUUCCCAUUGCCCCCGAUUUCCGCUCCAGUACCAUUACCCACAGUUUCGAAUUAUUUAGGUCUGCCUUCUGCACCGGCAUCACCAGCUUCGCCUGAGUCCUCCCUAAAGCCUAUGCCGUCAACGUACGCGCCUUCUUCACAGGUCCGUAUACCUCAUGCUGAGAUCGAAGCUGCAGGCGCUCGAGCCGCAGAGCCGGAAGGAGCCUCUCCGAAGCCAAUUUCAAAGAAUCUUGAAGAGUUGCGUGCUCGCCGGCUUGCUCGGGCAGCUGCAGAGAUGAAGACAAAUGGUCAGUCAUGCAAUCAUUUAAUCAAUCUGAUACAAUCAGGCAAGCGUGCGAUUGGCCUGUCAGAGUCCGAGUCGAAGGAUGAACAGCCAGAUCCUCCGGCAAAGCGCCAGCGAAAGAACGCUUUUAGUUCUGCCGCACGUGAAGCGACACCUCUUUCAUCUGACGAUGGCGAUGAAUCCGAUGCUUCUGACAAGCCCGGAGCAGAAUUUUUACCAGCAGAUGCCGACGAGCAAGACGCAGAUGAAGGCGAGAAAUCUGAUCAGCAAGCAAAUGAAACUGAAUCAGACAACGAUGAAGACACCAACGAAGAUGAUGGAGAUAUUGAGGGUGAAGACCAAGAUGAAGAGGGCGCAUCUCAACAACCAGAGGUCGCCUCCCCAACUCGCCCUCCCUCCACAAAUCGCAAGCGCAAGCGUAACGAUAUGUCCAAGAGCGGGCAUAACACCUUUUCAACUUGGCCUCUUGUUGCAGUGAACCUACAUCGCUCCAAGAAGUCGAAGAAGCCAGAACAUCAAGACCAGGAGUCAGAAGACAAGGCCGCUCCUCUCGCAAAGCGCGCAAAGAAGGGUAACGAUGAGCCUACACAUAAGUCCACAACACCUGCUCCUGCUUCUAAGAAUUUCAUAGCGAAGAAGGAUAAGCCUCAACAGGAUGCACAAGGUCGCUUCGUUCGCCACGAGGUAGCAGCACCUGCCGCAUCCAUCAAACCUGUAGCACCUGCUAGACGUGUUACCUGUGCCGUUGCACGUGCAGCUGUUCUACCUAUUGCUCGCCGUAACACCGACCUGACUGGAGUUGCAUGUCGAAAGGGCGAAGAUGUGGGUCGAAAGUAA